UUCUGCUUCUUCUACUUCUUCUUAUUCUCUCCACAACCUUCUGGCUCCUCCUCCCUUUUUCUCCUCCUCGUCUUUCACUGGCAACACUCGAAACGUUCUUGCGCCGCACCGUUCGAGGCUAAAAGAGCGCCAGUACUCGUUUGCACCGCGGAGGACGAGUUCUCGCUUAUUCCGAAACGAGGAGGAGGAGGAGGACUAUUCCUUUAACUGCGGUGGAUUCCCGACGGAAAAAACAGUGCAAGAAUAACAAGAAGAAGAAGAAGAAGAAGAAGAAGAAGAAGAAGAAGAAGUGUGCUUACGAUCUCGUGAAUUGGGGUAAAAAGGACAAAACGAGGGAAGGAGAAACCGGAAGAAUCAGAAGCUGGAGACCAAACUGGUGGAGGUCGUAGUACUGGUGGUCCCAUCCAGAGGAGUUUUGGUCGUGACGUUGGUGGUGGUGGUGCCGGUGGUGGUGGUGAUGCCGGUCGUGGUAGUGGUGGUUUGAGGACGGCAUUGGUGGUGGUGAUGCUGGUGGAGGAAAGAGGAAGAGGAACCAACAGAGGCAGCUUCGAGCGAGAGAACCACAGAGAAACGUCGACGAGACCAUCUCGUCGUCGGGCGAUCCUUUCGGCGGAGGAAUUCUAGCUGGCGUGGCUUCUCUCUUUUCUCUCUCUCUCUCUCGCCCUUUUUCCUCUCUUUCUCUCUCGUUCUCCCUGUCCGUUAAAUCCGUCUUUCUCUUCCUCUCUCUCUCUCUCUCCCUUCGUUGACCGCCUCCACCUACUAUCCCUCCGAGGUUCAUUCAGAGCCCUCCCUGGAUGGGACGGUUCACAUACGACUCUCCACGGUGCCGGCCGCGCGAUAUUUUCCGUGUUCUUCUCUCUUCGCGUUGAACCGCCAGUUUUCGUGGUAUCGCGUUACGAACUUAUUAUACCGUUAUUUAGCCGAGGGCCGUUCAAGUUUCCCGAGGAACCUACGCCCGGAGACGAAAAAACGGAGGUUUUCACAGCUGCGGAAAGUUCGACAAAAUAGGGUCUGCCGGGCUCUGCCUCGAGUGAGAGAGCAGCCCUUAGAUAGCGGCUUCUCUCACUACGUACAGGGGUGGAAAAGGGUGCAUCGGCGAGAUGACCCGGUCGGCGCUCCGAUUCGCCGCAUCCGUGGUCUGCCUGAUCGUCGUUGUAGCGGGGGAAUACAACCAUACGGCAGAUUUUGGUGAUUCAACGGGCAAACGUGGAGAUAUAACGCUACCAGAUGACGACCGAUACAAUCCGAACUAUGAUCGAGGAACCUUUGAUUACGAGGAUGAGUUAAGGCGAGAGGAGACGUCUGACGAGGAGAACCGAGCCGAGGAAAGUGGUCCGAACUCGCGGAGUUCGUUACAUCCUUACCGAAGAUACUUCGGACGCGUUCCUGCUUCCUCUGGUAGCGGAAGUUACGACGAACGACGCGAGGAUGAAGAUCCGCGGUACAGCAGUAGCCGGGGAUCGAGUUAUCCGUACGCGGGUAAUCAACGAGCCGGAUGGAACAGCAGUGACGACAGCUAUGGAAGAACCCGUGGAUCUUACGGAGGUUAUGGGAAUUCGGAAAAUUCAGGGAGUGCCGGCGGUGGAUAUUCCGACGGAAAUCGUGAUGGUUAUGCCGAUAGAGGUCGUGGUGGAUACUCGAGCAGCGGAGGACAAGGAGGUUAUAAUCCUCAACGACUAGGAUCAUCGUAUCCAGGCUACGAAGAAAAUCGAGGAAGCUACGAUCGUGGAUCGGAAAACUAUCCAAGCAGUUAUUCAGCGGUACCAGUACCGGGCGGUGGACCACCGAGAAAUUGCACCGGUGGUGGUUGCUGCGUGCCGAAGUGUUUCGCAGAAAAAGGAUCUCGGGGACCACCUGGUAUUCUUGGACCCGAAGGUCCCAAAGGCCAGCGAGGUUUUCCAGGAACUGAAGGUCUCUUAGGUCCAAAAGGUGAAAAAGGUGAUCCUGGUCCACAGGGGCCCCGAGGUUCGAAAGGUGACAGGGGUAAAAUGGGAAUGCCAGGAUUUCCCGGUAUCAACGGUGUACCGGGAGUCCAAGGUCCUCCGGGACUCGCAGGAUUGCCCGGGCGAGACGGUUGCAACGGUACAGACGGAGCUCCGGGUCGUCAUGGUAUACCUGGUGAACCGGGUCCUCGAGGUUUUCCAGGAGUUGCAGGCGGCAAAGGUGAUAAAGGCCAGCCUGCGUUCGCUGGUAACUUUAAUGUUGGACAGAAAGGAGAGCCCGGUAUAGACGGGGUUAGAGGACCGCCGGGUUCACCUGGAUUGCAAGGAGAAUUCGGUCGUCCGGGGCCGAAGGGUGAACGAGGAUAUCCGGGUGCGCCGGGUGCACCAGGGCUUAAAGGCAUCAAAGGUAACAUGGGUCUUGGAUUUGAAGGUUUGAAAGGAGAUAAAGGAGUGAAGGGUGAACCCGGACCUCCUGGAGUAAGCGUCCAGGAGCCGUUCGAAGGCACUGUAACGGACACCGGGCCACCGGGUGCACCGGGACAAAAAGGAGAUAAAGGUGAGAUGGGUCCUGAAGGAAUAAAAGGAGAAAUGGGAUUUCCUGGCGAUGCUGGAAUUCCCGGUAGCGCUGGAGGCAGAGGUGAAAAAGGACUUCCUGGUGCCCCUGGUAUACGUGGACGUGACGGGUUCUCUGGGCCCCCUGGUCCAGUCGGUCGUAAAGGUGAUCGUGGAAUGGAUGGCUUGGACGGUUUACCUGGGCGACCCGGUCGUAAAGGAGAACCUGGUCGAGACGGACCUGCGGGAGUGAGUGGACUUCGAGGACCUCCCGGGCCACCGGGCGGUGGCAAAGGAAGACCGGGGCCACCAGGACCGGAAGGACCCAGAGGUUAUCCUGGACCAGUCGGACCACGAGGUACGGAUGGCUAUCCAGGUGAUCCCGGCCCAAGAGGACCAAUUGGAUUGCAGGGAGGUCCAGGUCUACCUGGAAUACCAGGUGCCGAAGGAUUGCCAGGAGAAAAAGGAACCAAAGGAGAGCCCGGUCUUACAGGAUUCCCAGGUGAAGCUGGUCCCCGUGGUUUUGAUGGACCUCCAGGUCCUGCAGGGCCCCGAGGUCCUCAGGGAGAUAAAGGAUUUUCGAUAAUGGGACCAAAAGGAAUGGAUGGAUUACCAGGUCGAGAUGGUGAUAAGGGCCAAAAAGGAGAAAGAGGGUAUGCAGGAUCUCGGGGAAGACCCGGCGAUUCUCUCGGCGGAAUCCCCGGAUCCCCGGGACAACCAGGAUUACCAGGAGAAGUCGGUCCGGCUGGUAGAGAUGGCAUUCCUGGGGCACCUGGUGAGGUCGGUGAAAAAGGUGAAAUCGGCGGACGUUGUCAGGAUUGUUUGCCAGGUGUCCGUGGGGCUAAAGGUGAUCGAGGUUUGGAUGGUUCUCCUGGGCUUCAAGGCCCACGCGGACCGCCUGGAGAACGAGGUUAUCCCGGGGAAACCGGUGCGGAUGGACUUCCGGGUCUUCAAGGAGAUCCAGGAUUUUCGGGCAAAGAUGGAACACCCGGUAGCCCCGGUCCUCAGGGUGAACGUGGUCAGGACGCGAUCAUUUCGAGCAGUAUGUUGCAACGAGAAAAGGGUGACAAGGGCAUUAGAGGUGAGCCGGGACGGCCAGGUCCACCAGGUCCACUGGGUCCCCCGGGCGAUAAAGGUCGUGCAGGUUAUGAAGGUUUUCCCGGUCUUAAAGGAAGCCCGGGUGAUCGAGGAUUCCCCGGUCUCGAUGGACAACCCGGAAGGCCGGGUACCCCCGGACGCAAAGGAGAAGCCGGUUUGAGUAUCAAAGGAGAACCGGGUCCUUUUGGUGCACCAGGAAAACCUGGUGUCAAAGGUGAUCCCGGAUAUUAUGGAGAAAAAGGAGAACCAGGUCAUUGCCCGCCGUUGAACUUGACAGCAGCAGAGUACAAGGGCGAUCGAGGCUCACCCGGAGAAAAGGGUGAACCCGGGCCUCCUGGAUACGAUGGGCUACCUGGGGAUAUGGGAUUGCAAGGAAUUUCCGGACCCCCUGGUCCGCCCGGCGCGAUAGGUGCUCCGGGUCCGGUUGGCGCAAGAGGAUUACCAGGACCUCGUGGGGAAAAAGGAAAUACGGGGCCAAUGGGAUUCCCAGGAGAACAAGGUCCUGAUGGACUUCGCGGACCUGCUGGUUAUCCGGGAGUAAAGGGUGAUAAAGGUGAAGCUGGUAUUUCGAUGAAGGGACUUCAAGGUUUGACAGGGCCACCGGGCGAAAAAGGCGAGCAAGGACUUCCGGGACCACCCGGAAAAGACGGUGCACCCGGAGAAGAUGGAUUGCCUGGAUUCCCCGGUGACAAAGGUGAUAUCGGUCAGCCAGGAAUCAGUGGUUUGCCAGGCGCACCUGGGGACAAAGGAGAUACUGGACCAAUCGGACCACAGGGACCUCCGGGAAUCCCCGGUACAGCUGGAUUCGAUGGAACCAAAGGAGAACCCGGUUUACCUGGUGAACCAGGUAGAAUGGGGGUGCCAGGUUUUCCCGGGGUUAAAGGUGAACGCGGAGAAACGGGAAUAGAUGGCCCCAAAGGAUAUCCUGGACGACGUGGUGCUCCCGGCGUUCCUGGCCGACCUGGCGUCCCAGGAGCACCUGGAUUCAAGGGUGAACGGGGUGACAAAGGUGACAUCGGUUUCCUUGGAAUGCCAGGAAUGGAUGGCAAGCCAGGACGACCGGGAGCGCCCGGCCCUAAAGGAGAUCGAGGUUUCAUCGGCGAACCUGGCUUGCCAGGCCUGCAGGGUCUCGACGGACCCAAGGGAGACCGCGGACCAGACGGAUUACCGGGAAGAAAAGGAGAGCCUGGUGAAGUUUCGGAAAAAGGACAGAAAGGUGAACCUGGAAUGCCAGGCAUUCGAGGACCUCAAGGUCCACCUGGUCGCGAUGGCCUGGAUGGUGAAAAAGGAGAAAUCGGCAGACCGGGCUAUGCUCGAGAUGGACAACCUGGAGUGAAAGGAGAACCUGGAACUCCAGGUAUCGACGGUUUACCUGGUUUUCCGGGUGAAAAAGGUGACGAGGGAGUUCGAGGAUUCCCUGGACUGAAAGGCAACAUGGGGCUGCCUGGACCACUCGGAGAACCUGGAAAACCGGGUUUGGAUGGCCUCCCUGGUCUACCUGGAGAUAUUGGACCUCGAGGUCCUUCUGGUUUCCCCGGUCUCGACGGUGAUAAUGGACCCCCUGGACAACCUGGGUUGGAAGGUGUCAAAGGAGAUCGUGGACCGCAAGGUGGAGAAGGUAUUCCGGGUGCUACUGGACCUCCUGGAGAUAAAGGAGACCGAGGCCCGCCAGGUCCGACGGUUAAUGUGAAAGGUGAAAAGGGCGAACCGGGUAUUCCAGGUUUGGAUGGAGUUGAGGGAACGAAGGGUGACAUUGGCUUCCCAGGUCCCCCUGGUUUCGAUGGACAGAAAGGUGAAAGGGGAUUCCCUGGCCCAGCUGGAAAUCCGGGACCGUCGGGACGUCCUGGCCCUAAAGGAGAGCAGGGACUUCCGGGCUUGCAAGGCGUUCCAGGACUUACGGUUAAGGGCGAGAAAGGUCUUCCAGGAUUAUUAGGAAAACAUGGUCGUGAUGGGUUACCUGGAUUAGCUGGUGAAAAGGGUGAAACUGGAUUACCAGGGUUGCCAGGACCAAAGGGAGAUGCUGGUCCAUGGGGACCUACCGGACCGCAAGGAGAGAAGGGUGAACCUGGACCAAUCGGUAUCGAAGGUCCACCGGGUCGUGACGGUACACCAGGAUUCGAAGGUCAACCUGGUGAAACAGGACCCAGAGGUCCCAAAGGAGAUCGUGGUGCCCCCGGUUUGUUUGGUGCUCCAGGGCAGAAGGGAGAUCGUGGUCUGACUGGACCGUCCGGGUUGGAUGGAAUCCCUGGUGAGAAAGGUGACCGUGGUUUCGACGGCCAACCUGGUUUCCCCGGCGUUCCUGGCGAGAAAGGAGAUAGAGGGUAUCCGGGUGGAGUUGGGCUUAUGGGAGCUGUGGGUUACGUUGGUCCGAAGGGAGAAAGGGGAGACGACUGUGUGGAGCCACCGAUGGGACCGAAAGGCGAUCGCGGUUAUCCAGGUCCGCCUGGACCUCCAGGGCUACCUGGCGAAAAAGGGGUUUCGGGAGCUCCUGGCUUCCCAGGAUCUAACGGCCGCAAGGGUGACAUAGGAUUGAUAGGACCCCCCGGCCCUCCCGGCCCGGUUGGCUUGGUUGGUCUCGAUGGUCCACCGGGAUUACCAGGACUCCAAGGUCCACCAGGUGUACCAGGUCCCAAGGGAGAAGCGGGAGCACCUUGCGAACAACCAUCCGACUACUUGACUGGUAUUCUUCUAGUUAAACACAGUCAAAGUCAGUCUGUGCCAGUUUGUGAACCGGGGCAUAUAAAACUCUGGGACGGAUACAGUCUUCUUUACACCGAUGGGGACGAGAGGGCGCAUUCGCAGGAUCUAGGUUACGCCGGCUCGUGCGUAAGAAAAUUCUCGACGAUGCCUUUCCUAUUCUGCGAUGUGAACAACGUCUGCCACUACGCCAGUCGAAACGAUCGCUCCUAUUGGCUGUCGACCAAUAGCCCGAUACCGAUGAUGCCAGUCGAAGAGACAGCCAUUGAAGAAUACAUUUCCAGGUGCGUCGUUUGUGAAGUUCCCGCGAAUGUAUUGGCUGUUCACAGUCAGUCACUUAACAUUCCGGACUGUCCCAACGGAUGGUCAGGACUAUGGAUAGGAUACAGUUUUGUCAUGCACACCGGAGCCGGCUCUCAGGGUGGUGGCCAAUCGUUAUCGAGCACGGGCUCAUGUCUCGAAGAUUUCCGUGCUACGCCGUUCAUUGAAUGCAACGGCGCCAAAGGACACUGCCAUUAUUAUGCAAACGAAUUCAGCUUCUGGAUGGCAACGAUAGAGGACAGACAGCAGUUCCAGAGGCCUGAAAAAACGACUCUCAAAGCUGGUGCCCUGAGGUCUCGAAUUAGUCGUUGUCAAGUUUGUAUAAAGAACACGUAAAUUUGUAAACAAUUUUCUAUGCAUAUAUAUAUAUGAAAAUAUUUGAUAAUUAAAAAAUCUGCUAAAAACAUGAAAAUCCGUACGUCAACGAGGUGAAUGUGUGAAGAAAAGUACUCGAUAGGUUAACGAAAAGUCGAUAAAUGUAUAAGAAAAAAUAACAUGAACGGGAAAAUCGAUAAUUUUGUUAACGCGUAUUCCGUGCAACAGCUUUUACAACCGAAUUCUUACGCUCGAUAAUUACGAAAAAAUCAUUCAAGGUUUUCUUUACUUCCAAGUUAAUGAAUCAAACGAAAUGCCCACUUUUUAUCCGGCUGCCAAAAAAUUUCGUCUUUUUCUCAUUAACUCAUUUUCUCUCCUCAUAGUAUUUUCUUGUCAAAUUCCGCCACAUUAUUCGUCUCCCGCUCUAAGUCUUUCCUUUUUUAAUCUUCGUUUCAACACCUUAUACGCAAAAACCCAAGUGCCUAGCCGUUACUACUUAGCAUGUAAAAAUAAUAUAUAUUUAUAUCAUAAAUUUGUACCAAGUUAAGUUUCUAUCAUCGAACUACCACGGACACUGCCCAUAUCCAAUAUGGCACAUUUACAUAUUGUAUAUUAAUCCAAACGACUUUUAGCCUGGUAAUCGUGUGACACCAAAUAUUUAAAUACAUAGAUAUUUUGCUACAUAGCCAAUAAAAUUAUAUACCAUUGUA